ACUUUCCGCACGAAGAUGACAGAGGUCGAGUAGGAGUGCGCGGUAUACGGCGAAGGGACUGUGUUUCCCGUGAAGAUAGCGAGCAAUGCGGAAUUGAGCGCGCUGCAGGAGAAGAUCUUCGCGAAGCAACGAUACAGCGAGCGGUAUAAGUUUGACGCGAGCGAAUUGACGCUCUACUUGGCGCGGAAGAAGAUGACGACAACUUGGAUGCUCUCUUGCAAGGAGAUGUCGAUAAGAAAUACAUGAAGAUGCGUCCAUCGUGAAGCUCAACAAGAAGGAGUUGUUUGGACCGAGUUUCACGCCCGGAGAUGAAGAGAUUCACGUGCUGGUGGAACUCCCAGAAGCUCAGCAAAGCGCGGCGACACUGGCACUGUUGAUUCCGCCAGUUGACCAAGGUUGGACGGCUAGAUGGGUGAGCGAGUUUCGCAUGAGUCAGAUAGCACUGCAUAAUUUAUCACUUUGGGAGAGCUGGCAGAAUUCGUCGAACAUGAGCUACCAGUGAAGAUCACUCUUCACGAGCAGAUUCGAGCCAACUGGCUGGCGAAAAAGAAGACCGCGACUCCGGAGCUGAUGGACAAGCUCUUUCGGAUCGACAACGCGGAGCCCUGUGUGGAGUUUUUGUAUCAGAUCGGCAGUCGUGUGGUCGAAUCCGUGGAUCCUGGUGACACAAAGUAUUCGUUCGUCUCGUAUUGGGACGACUUGAUCCGCCACGUAUUAAACUUCGUUAGCAUCGGCAAGAGCGAUCGAAAUACAAGUCGAUCGGAGUCAACAGGUCGCCCCGACUACCUUUUCAUUGUGGAUUCGGUGUGCGUGUUUCGCGGUGAGGAGAAGGCCCCUGGAGAGCAGAUGGAGACGCCGAGGCGCGAGUUAUUUGAGAAGCUUGUUUGGAGCUACGGUGACGCUCCAUAUUUGUUCGGAUACGCAGCCGUUGGUUAUGAAGUUAGAUUGUAUGCUAUCACUCGUGUGCACGAUGAAGUGGACGCAAUUGAGUUGGGAGUAUAUGAUCUCAAACAUUUGGAAGGACGAUGUCGUUUGCUGCUGGCAAUUUUGAACGUCGCACGAUUAUUACGGAGCCUUGCAAGUGCGUGUCCAGAAAGCGCUCGAGAUGAGUACAGGGCAAUAUCUCGAGAUCAAGGGAUCAGGAUACUUCUCGAGCCAUCCCGCGUUGUCAAGUGUUUCCCGAAAGCGCUAUUUCAACGAGCAAAGGACCAUGUUGAAGCGGUGUACAAGGUGUUGGAAGAGCACGCCAUCCCGAACGUCGAUCGUCUGGAUCAUGCAGACAAGAAUACAAUGCGAUUGAUAUUCAAGCCACGUGGUCAAGAAAGAAGACCAGCAAAUCUUGUGGAGUUAUUUCGCGCGCUCGCAAAUGUGUUGCAAGCAUUGGUGAAGCUGCAUGCUGCUUCGUGGAUGCAUCGAGAUAUUCGAUGGCUGAAUGUUAUCAAGAGUCGCGAUGGCGACAAUUCGUGGUUCCUGAUAGAUUUCAUGGACGCCGCGCAAACUCCACAGCUUUCACCAAGCGGCAACCACCUGAGUGAAGCCGAACACGCCCCCGAGAUCUUCAGCGAUGGUAUUCACACAACUGCGGUGGACGUAUGGUCUGUUGGGCGGUUGAUCCAAACGUGUGGAGGUGAAGUCUACGGAAGUUGGUAUGACACGGGGAGAGAGAGAACACAGUUCCUGGAGCUCCUGAUGCAUGACGAUCCGUCGAGAAGACCCACUGCAGUUGCAGCACUCGAUCGACUCCAUCAGCUUGAGCAAGAAUACUUGAAACGGCGAAAACGGCAGAGGCGGAACUAAAGUCAGGGUCCCGAGGUUCCAAAACCGCGUUCCGAACCGGUUCCAAAAUGAUGUCGUACUUACUAGAGCUGCUGUGGUGCUUCAAUUUAAUAGUGAAUUGCAAUUAUUUGAUGAAUUGUGGGAACCCGGGUUCCAAAAUUUUCGGAACCAAAUUUUAAUAACUCGAAGGGCUGUGGUUACAUUGACAUCUUCCG